AUGCAGCCCCCUGCUUUUUGUCGCGGUGGUCCUGUUUAUGUGAUAUUACAUCGAUUGAAAACAGUCGAUAUAAGUCAAGAAACAGAUGUCAAUUAUUCUUCUAUACUUGGUGAAAAACAUUUAUUGAAUGAUUUACUCAAUAAAUUGUCACGUGAAAUGAAUCAAUAUACGACAUUCAAUCUAACAUUACCCAACGAGCGACCCAUUUAUCAGGUUGAUGAGAAACACUCGAAUCGAUGUAUUCGAUCAUCAGAUGGCUCUGAAGAUAUUGAGUGA